AUGAAUAACGAGCAGUUUCGCCGGCUACUAGCCGACCAGUCAUCAUCAAAACCUAAACCCCAGAGCCCAACGCCUGGUCGUGAUGCAUCGCGUGGCGGCGCAACCCCGGGCGGGUCACUGGGGUCGCGAAUGCGGUCCAACAUUCCCAUGACCCCGCGUUCAGUCACUGGUGUGGACUUUGCCCGUCAGCUCUUCGACCAACGCCGCGAGGGCGACCGACCUUCCAAGCGGUUCAAGUCCUCCGCCGCGCCGAAGGGUACCUCGCUACCGACCGGAUAUCAGGAUCGUGCGAAAUUGCGCAAUGCAGAGGACGAAGGUCAGAGAAACACGGGUCUGGAGGCGCGCAUCAAGGCACUAGAGGAUAUGGUUAAGUUGGGACAAAUCGACCAGGCUACCUUCGACAAACUACGUCGAGACCUUGGAGUCGGAGGUGACAUUGGAAGCACACACAUGGUCAAAGGACUGGAUAUGGAUUUAUUAAAAAGGAUCAGAGCUGGCGAGGACGUGUCACAAGCGGCCGAGAAACCUGCGCCGCCUCCCGAAAAAGAAGACGUAGAUGAGGAACUCGAUCGUCUGAUGGAAGAGCAGGGAGCUGAGGAGCUUGCUGCUGCGCUCAAGCAACAGAAAGAAAAGAAGAAGGGAAUUAUGGCACCGCCACCUGCUAGGCCCAAGACCCGCGAUGAAAUCCUACGGGAAUUGAAGGCAAGCCGCGCUGCUGCUGCCACACCUACCCCGCCACCGGAGUCCAUACUCGGCUCGAAAUUCAAGAAACUGGGCGAUAGAAAGCCCGAGAAGAAGCGCUUUGUGGAGCAUGAUGAGACCGGCCGUCGACGCGAAGUGCUUCUCAUCACCGAUGCGCAAGGAAACACCAAGAGGAAGACUAGGUGGCUUGAUAAGCCGACCGAAGUGCCUGUACCUACUGAGGGAGAGCUCAUGAUGCCCGAUAAGAGUCUCAAACCCCUUGGCAUGGAAAUUCCAGCUGAUAUUGCCGCCCGUGCCGCUGCACAAGUGGCACCCGAGGAUGAGGACGACGACAUUUUUGCCGGUGUCGGUGAUGAUUACAAUCCUCUCGCUGGACUCGAAGACGAUUCAUCGUCUGAUGAAGACGGCGAAGUGGCAGAUUCGGCUACUCGCAAACCCGAAAAGGGUUCUGUGAGUGAAGAGGAGAAGGAACCUGCCGCGUCUAAAACAGCACUUGCAAAGCCCAAGAAUUACUUUGCGACUGGGACUUCGACUACAGCAGAAGAGGAGCCUAUCGACCGAUCCAACCCCCUCACCAAAGAUCCAACCAUUCUUGCAGCCCUCAGACGAGCUGCAGCCCUCCGGCAGAGCUCUCCCUCGGCAGAGGGCGAAGCAGACGAGUCUGAUACAGCCCUUCGUCACAAGCGUUUUAUUGAAGAGGCACACCGCCGGGACGCUAUGGAUGCUGCAGAUAUGGAUAUGGGAUUCGGAGGAAGCCGCAACGAAGACGGAGAUGAGGAGGACGAUGGUCCCCUGCUCGACUUUGACGACGACGAGCGAGGCGGGAAAAAGAGAAAGCGUGGCCCCAAGAAGAAGAAGGGCGACAAAGAUAGCGUCAUAGAUGUUAUGCGUGUUGUCGAGAGUCGCAAGAAGGAGGCUUCAUGA